ACUUCCACCGGUCUUCCAGUUUACAGACAGCACUUAACACAACUCUGAGUUCCAGCGCAACAUCAUCCGGGCUUUCAUAUUGAAUCCGCAACUUCAAUCUCUCAUCUCGGGCCACCAAUAUCCACUCCAAUCUCUCAUAAUGCCUCUCGGACUUGAAAUUAAGAGGAAAGUUGCUAAUAGGUCAGACAGGGUCAAGUCUGUCGAUCUCCACCCGACCGAGCCAUGGGUCCUGACAAGUCUAUACACGGGUACUGUUUGUAUAUGGAACUACCAAUCACAGACAAUGGCAAAAUCUUUCGAAGUGACAGAUUUACCAGUUAGGUCAGCUAAAUUCAUACCACGCAAGCAAUGGGUUGUAGCUGGAGCAGAUGAUAUGCAUAUUCGUGUAUACAAUUACAAUACCAUGGAUAAAGUUAAAGUCUUUGAGGCGCACACAGAUUAUAUCCGGUGUGUGGCUGUUCAUCCUACUCUUCCAUACAUACUUUCUUCAGCAGAUGACAUGCUUAUAAAGCUGUGGGACUGGGAGAAUGGGUGGAACUGUACUCAAAUUUUUGAAGGUCAUUCCCAUUAUGUCAUGCAAGUGACAAUUAAUCCGAAAGACACCAAUACCUUUGCCAGUGCAUCCCUAGAUCGUACCAUAAAGAUAUGGAAUCUUGGCUCGCCUGACCCAAAUUUCACGUUGGAUGCCCAUCUGAAAGGUGUCAAUUGCGUAGAUUAUUUCACUGGUGGUGAUAAACCUUAUCUCAUAACUGGGUCUGAUGAUCAUACUGCCAAGGUAUGGGAUUACCAGACAAAAAGUUGUGUCCAGACUCUUGAAGGACACACACACAAUAUCUCAGCAGUAUGUUUUCAUCCUGAACUUCCCAUUAUAAUAACCGGUUCUGAGGAUGGCACUGUCCGUAUAUGGCAUUCAACAACUUACAGGCUCGAGAACGCACUGAACUAUGGCCUUGAAAGAGUUUGGGCUAUUGGAUACAUGAAAGGUUCUAGAAGGGUGUUAAUUGGGUAUGAUGAAGGAACCAUUAUGGUUAAAAUUGGUCGAGAUGAACCUGUUGCUAGUAUGGACAACAGUGGAAAAGUUAUAUGGGCUAAGCAUAAUGAGAUUCAAACUGUUAAUAUUAAAAGUGUGGGAGCAGAGUAUGAGGGUACUGAUGGAGAAAGAUUGCACUUGGCAGUUAAAGAGUUGGGUACCUGUGAUCUUUACCCACAAAGCUUGAAGCAUAACCCCAAUGGAAGAUAUGUUGUGGUCUGCGGAGAUGGUGAAUAUAUCAUGUAUACAGCAUUAGCCUGGCGAAAUAGAUCAUUUGGUUCUGCCCUGGAGAUUGUUUGGUCUACUGAUGGAGAAUAUGCUGCUAGGGAAAGUACGUCUAGAAUUAAAAUCUUCAAUAAAAACUUCCAGGAAAAGAAGAGCAUCCGUCCAACAUUUUCUGCUGAGCGUAUAUAUGGGGGGCCCUUACUGGCAAUGUUCUCAAAUGAUUUUAUAUGCUUUUAUGAUUGGGCUGAGUGCAGGUUGAUUCGACGUAUUGAUGUAAAUGUCAAAAAUCUCUACUGGGCGGCUAGUGGGGACCUAGUGGCUAUUUCCAGUGAUGCAUCAUUUUACAUUUUAAAGUACAACCGUGAUGUAGUUUCUGCGCAUUUAGAGAGUGGAAAAUCUGCAGAUGAACGAGGGGUAGAAGAUGCAUUUGAGCUUCUCUAUGAGAUAAAUGAACGAGUCAGAACUGGAAUUUGGGUUGGGGAUUGUUUCAUGUACAAUAAUUCCUCAUGGAGGCUAAACUACUGUGUUGGUGGUGAGGUAACCACGAUGUUUCAUCUGGAUCGACCUAUGUACCUAUUAGGCUAUCUUGCCAGUCAAAGUAGAGUGUAUCUUAUUGAUAAAGAGUUCAAUGUGAUUGGUUACACCUUGCUUCUUAGCUUGAUUAAGUAUAAGACACUUGUGAUGCGUGAUGAACUGAAACGAGCAAGUGAACUUCUAUCUUCUAUCCCAAAAGAGCAACUUAAUAGCGUGGCUCGGUUCCUGGAAUCGCGUGGGAUGGUAGAAGAUGCUCUAGAAGUUGCCACAGACUCCGAUUACAGAUUUGAGCUAGCUAUUCAGCUCGGUAAGCUACAAAUUGCUCAGGAAAUUGCUGGUGUAGCACAGAGCGAGUCCAAGUGGAAACAGUUGGGUGCAUUAGCUAUGUCCACUGGAAUGUUGGAGAUGGCUGAGGAAUGUUUAAAGCAUGCAAAAGACUUAAGUGGAUUGUUACUACUGUAUUCUUCUUUAGGAGAUGCUGAGGAAAUCUUAAAACUUGCAUUGCUUGCUAAAGAGCAAGGGAGAAACAAUGUCGCUUUUCUUUGUCUGUUUAUGUUAGGUAAAGUUGAAGAGUGCCUGGAGCUGUUAAUUGAGAGCAACCGAAUACCUGAGGCUGCUUUAAUGGCAAGAUCUUAUUUACCUAGCAAGGUUUCAGAAAUAGUUGCACUUUGGAGAAAAGAUCUCAAUAAGGUUAACCUGAAAGCUGCGGAAUCUUUGGCUGAUCCUGAAGAGUACCCGAACCUCUUUGAGGACUGGCAAGUUGCACUUGGUGUUGAAUCAAAAGUUGCAGAUACAAGGAGUAAUUAUCCUCCAGCAGCAGAGUAUAUGAACCUUGCCAACCGAUCCAAUGCCAGUCUCGUGGAAGCUUUUAGAAACAUGCAAAUGGACCAUGAGGAAACACUUGAAAAUGGAGGCUCGGAUUAUGAGCUGGCAGAACAGAACGGAAAAAUACAAAAUAAGCAAGAGGGUCAAGAUGAAGCUGUUGUGGUGGAUCCUGACUCUACAGAUGGCGUGGUACUUGUCAAUGGUAACGAAGCUGAUGAAGAUUUGGGUACGACUGGGAAACCGUCAGCCUAAAGCAAUUGGUUGGGCGUGUGACAGCCCUUUUAAAUUUAUUGCUGGUUUUUCUGCAGCUGGCUAAAAUUUCCGAUUAUUGUUUGAUCCCAGUGAAGUGAUUUGUAGCACAUCGCAUUUUGCCAGAGUAGCAUGAUAUAGAGUACUUACAACAUCAGUAACUAGAUCACUUGUAAUUGAUUGCAGC